UUUUUUUAAUUUUUGAAAAUCCGGAACCGAAAUACCGCGAAAACACGAUAUUUACGCUCCCUUGUAAAUCCUAUAAGUACAGGGCUUCAGUCGGCCAAUGUUUGCCGAACCAAAUAGCCAAACGCGGCUCUAAAAAAGUACAUUCACAGAAUCUCUCUCUUCACAACUCUCUCUCUCUCUCUCUCUCUCUCUCUCUCUUCUGCAACAAGAAUGGCGGCUUCGUCUCGAAGAUCUGGACCAGUACUCCGAUCUCUCUCUCCUUCCGGCAGGUUCUGCUCUUCUCCGACUCCGUCCUCGUCUUUCGCCUCAUCCACUUCGAGCUUUUCCUCUCGCUUCACCGGUUCUUUCCACAGAUCCGCUUCUCCUACGCGCGUGAACUUGUACGGCGCGUGUCCGUCGGCGAGUUCCGUGCGCUUCUCGCUGGAUCGGCCGAUUUCCCCGAGCAGGUCGAUCUCUGUUGCUCCGCGCAACACGGUGGUGAAAAAGCAGGGCGGUCCGCGCCCGGCGCCGACGGUCCAGAAGAGGACUUGUAUGUGCUCGCCAACGACGCAUCCCGGCUCGUUCCGUUGCAGCCUCCACAAGAAUCAGAAUACCCACGCCAGUCCGUUCCAGUCGAACCGGCUCAACGCGCGCCGGUCCGCGAUGACGAACUCGUUGGUUCGAAUCGGUACCGUCGAGGGAGACCUCGUGAAGAGAGCUCUCGCUGCGCUGAUCCGACCUUCGUCUCACCAGCAGCGCCGUCGUUCCUCGUUCCAGCCGAGGCCUAGUCGCCUCUCCGUCAUGUCUAAAGCCGAAGAUCCGUAAUUUUACUAGGGGUAUGUUCGUUAAUAUACUUACCAGAUCUUAUAUUCCCUUCCCCGUUCUCAGUUUUCCGUCAACGAGGCGGUAGAUUCCGGCAACGAACGGUGGUGUCAGAGUCCGACAGUGAACGGUUAUGUCGGAUUUCAGCGAAUUUGAACUACCUCGGGACGGACCUUUUUUGUAUUCCGGUUACCGAAACCAUAAAUAUCUGAUACAUUUAUGUACAUAUACAUAUGAGCAGAAGCCAUUGAUGACAAAUUGAAGAACCUUUUGGCCGUC